CAAUAACUAAAUUAAAACUAGUAGGAAAUUUAAUAAAUGUAUGGCAUCACAAUCCUCAGUAAAAAGAAUGCGCAAAACAGCAUAUAGAAAGCAUGCCCAUGCGCAUUAAAAUUUUGUCAGCGACUAAAAGAAAUAUGUUCAAAUAUUAAUCUAUUACAGUAUUAAUCCUGCAUUGAGGUGCCUUACAUUUUUUAUUCUUUCUUUAGUUAAGUUGUAUUUACUAAGCUGAAUGCAUCUUGUAUAUUAUAAGAUGCAUUCAACUUAGUAAAUACAACUUAAUUAAGAGGAAUUAUGCGGAAUCGCCAACAUUUACAUCAGAAAAUCGCCUAGACUAUUUAGUAAGAACUAACGAGAAAAAGAUCCGAAAUGUUGAACAAAAGUUUCAAUGGCUGACAUGGAUUUGAUUGCUAGUAAACAACUCCAGACAAUCUUUAAUCGAUUUCGUUACUAUUUUAACAGUUAAUGAAGAUAUUUAUGCCGAAUCCAUUCGACUUUUGAAUUCCGCAGUCAAGCCAGGGAAUCUGCUCUGCAUGCUUUAUCAUAGUGUACUUUAAUCCUGGAGUGUUACACCUUAUCAACAUUGAGGAUUUUUCGAGAUGGUAUUGGUUACUCUUAAUGUCAGAUUUCGACUAAGCUGAUUAGGAAGCUACCCGAGAAAAUUUGUCUGAAAGGAGAUGCAAGUGCCAGGGAAAUUAAAGAAAAAGAAGCUUCCACAGUCAAAAGUAUUGCAGACGAUUGUAUGCUGUCUAAAAAAUAGAAAAUAUCCACAUGUGCUAUAUUGGUUUAAUGAAAUAAGACAAGAAUUCAUAAUAAGAUUUGUGCAUAAAAAUAAUUCUGAGUGGAAGGUGGAUGACUUGGAACUAUUUAUAGAAUUGGAUAAGUUAUCAAAAAAAUAUGAAGAAUACAAGCAAGAUAAAGAUUAUGAUACAAAGUGCAAAGGACGGUGCAGAGCCAAUUUAUUAAAAUUGGUUAAUAAAGGAUAUAUAACCUUUAUUGAAGACAUUCCAAAUGGAUCUACAACUCUGAAGAAAUAUAAGAUCAAUGUUAAGGUUAUACCUAGUAUUAAGAACUCAAAUGAUAGUAAACGGAGUAAAGGAAGCAAUGAUAAUGCAUUAUGUAGAUAUAAAUCUAUUGAUGGAAUUGCUGACAAUGAAGUCAAAUUUAAAACUGAAACUCAACCAAAUGAACAGUCUCACUGCCUAUGUCUUCCGAAAUUUCAACCGAUAAUUGUGUAUGUUAACCUAUUACUUGGAGAUGCACCCAUAUCAAAUUUUGGUAUGAUGUCCACUAAUUCUGAUACUGAUGGAAAAUCAGUCAAUCAAAAUGGGAAUAUUGAAAGUAUGAAUGUGAGUGGAACUAAUCCAUGUUAUGCAACUUCUGAAUAUAGUGGAUUGCAGAAUAAUACGAAUGUGCUUAAUGGAUAUCAGUUUGGUAUAUCUACUAAUUCUACAGGAAGUCCAAUGAUUGAAAUGAGCAACAGCAAUUCGGAUACUGAUGCAAAAUUGGUCAAUCCAAAUGGGAAUAUUGAAAGUAUGAAUGUGAAUGGAGCUGAUACAUGUUAUGCAAUUUCAGAAUAUAAUGGAUUGCAGAAUAAUAUGAAUGUGCAUGAUGGAUUACAGAAUAAUAUGAAUGUGCAUGAUGGAUUGCAGAAUAAUAUGAAUGUGCAUGAUGGAUUGCAGAAUAAUAUGAAUGUGCAUGAUGGAUUGCAGAAUAAUAUGAAUGUGCAUGAUGGAUUGCAGAAUAAUAUGAAUGUGCAUGAUGGAUUGCAGAAUAAUAUGAAUGUGCAUGAUGGAUUGCAGAAUAAUAUGAAUGUGCAUGACGGAUAUGAGUUUGGUAUAUCGACUAAUUCUACAGAAAGUCCAAUGUUUGAUAUGAGCAAUAAUAAUUCGGAUACUGACGGAAAAACAGUCAAUCAAAAUGGGAAUAUUGAAAGUAUGAAUGUGAAUAGAGCUGAUGCAUGUUAUCCAAUUUCAGAAUAUAAUGGAUUGCAGAAUAAUAUAAAUAUGUAUAGUGAAUAUCAGAUUGGUAUUAUAUCUACUAAUUCAACAGAAAGUCCAAUGAUUGAUACAAGAAAUAAUUCCGAUGUUGAUGGAAAAGCAAUCAAUCGAAAAGGCAAUGAGAAUAUUGAAAGUAUGAAUGUGAAUGGAGCUGAUGCAUGUUAUUCAAUUUCAAAAUAUAAUGGAUUGCAGAAUAUGAAUGUGUAUAAUGGGUUGCAGAGUAAUGUGAAAGUUCAUAAUGGAUAUCAGCUUGGUAUAUCUACUAAUUCUACAGCAAGUCUAUUGAUUGAUAAAAGAAACAAUUCCGAUACUGAUGGAAAAUUGGUCAAUCCAAAUGAGGAUCUUGAAAGUAUGGAUGUGAAUGAAGCUGACACAUGUUAUUCAAUUUCAGAGUAUAGUGGAUUGCAGAAUAAUAUAAAUGUGCAUAAUGCAUAUCAGAAUGAAGGCUGUAACAUAAAUGACAUUGCUGUACCAAGUUCACCCAUGAAUGCGAUGGAUAUUUUGAAUAAUCUAUCAUCUGAUUGGUACAGUGAUUUUGAUAAGGAUAUUGUUAAUCCAUUUCAACAAGAUAGUCUCUUCUCCUGUAAUGUAAAUUUUUCAAGUAACCAUCUGUUUGAAGAGAGUGGUUGUUUGCUAUCAGAUGAGGCAAGAUCUUUUGUCAUUUGAGUAUUAAAUAUUUGUAUAGAAUAUUCUUCAGCAUUGAAAAUUUAAAUUAGAUAACAGAUAUAAAAAUGGAAUUCUUUCUAUUAUAUAGUUGGAAUUCGUAUAUUUAAGAAGUUUUUAAUAUUCAGAUUCGUAUAUCUUUACCAGAAGACUGAUUUGUCCAAAAGAAAAGGAAAAAACAACCCUUUUUAUAAGAAUUCUUCAUUACGAUGCCUUUUUUGUCAUAGUCCUCUGCCUUUCAUUGGGUAUUCAAAGUUAAAAUCGUUUUCUUACAUUGGAAAAUUGAAGCUUGGCUGGAAAGAAAUCAAAUUUUAUUAAUGAAAUCAAAGUUUGCCUACACUCUGCUUAACCUGAAUAAGCAAGCUUUAUGUAGGUUGAGCAGAAAAUCUUUGAUUAUAAAACAUUAGUAAGCGAGAACUGUUGUAAAAAUAUUGCAAUAAUUCUUUCAUUGCAAAACUCUAAUCUAAACCUAUUUUAUAUACGAAGUAUACAAAGAUAUGGCAUUGUAUUUGUCAAAAAAUUCAACCUUAAGAUUUUGAUGAAUCUCCAAAUUUUAGACCACCCUGAGUUCAAAAAAAAGCUUUUGGAAUCGUAUGUGAACAAUUACUCAAAAAUGUUUGGAGUUAGAUAAAUAAAAUGAUGAAAAUGUUCGCUGAAAUUUGAGAUGUGGUAUUUACAUAAAAUUUGUACAUUUUAUUGAACAGGAAUUCUUCUUUAGGAAAUCUCUGUCCAAGUGAAGAUGGUAGCUAAACAUCAUGAAAAUCUGAAGUUAAUUUCGAGGCAAACUGUAAAUGGGAGGAAAACCGAAUUUUUGUAGCUUAGGUAGUUCUUUUGAUAAUUAAAGGGAAAUUGCUUUUCAAACUAAUAAGUAUUGCCUGUUAUUUUCAUCUUUUCCCCAAUUUUUACUUCCUUGUAAAAAUAGUAUAGAGAAAAUGUAGUAAUUUUGAUCAGCUUUAAUGCCCCUUGAUUCCAUUGGUGAAACAAAAAUAUUCGAUAUAAAGGAAAGUCACUGAACUUGAUGUUGAAAUUAUCUGAAUUGGAGCACAUCAGGGUAUAUUGAAAAUGAAAAAGCAGAUACACUGGUCAAGAAGGCUUUAAAUUUAGAAAAAACCCAAGAAAUAUCUUUCCACGAGUCUAAAAUUCAACUUGGAAAUGAGACUAAAAAAAACUGAUAAUUAAGGAUUAGCAGGAGAUUGAAUUAUUCCAUGAAGGGAAGGACUACUUAUCUAAAUUUUAAAAAGGUUUCUAUUAACUAAAUUGAGGAUGUUUUUUAUCUUAAGUACAUACUGGACAUGGUGUAGUUUCUGUACAUCAAAGUCAUUUCUUUGACAAAAGUUCAACUUAUUGGUGUGGCACUGAAGAAGGCUCUGUAAAUCGUGUGACCAGUCUGCAUUGUGGCAAGAACACACUCAGAUCUACAAAAAAAUUAAAUAUUAUCAGGGAACUUUAAAUUUCAGUCAUUAAGUCUUCUAUUAAAGGACAUCUUGUCAAAGCUUUUGUCUUGAGUUCUUUCACUUCUAAUAUAAAUACGUAUUCUCUAGAGGGGUUUUUUGUUUGCAAGUGUCCAAUAUUAAGUGUCGUUUGUUCUUUCGUGCUAGUUUGUUCUUUGGCUGCCACAUCAAGUUUCCUGCAUUGUUAGGUAGGGCUAGGUUAAGCUUGCAUAAUCAUCAAAUUCAAACUCUAGAUUUUGUUGAAUCUCCAAUUUUAGACCUGAGUUCUAAAAACACAUUUUUGGAAAAUGUCUGCUUAUCUGUGACAAAUCUCCAACACUUUGAGUUGGAUGAAAUUUUGUAUACAGUCUUUAAACCAAAAUUAUAGAUUUUUGUCUAAUUUUGAGUAAAAUUUGAUCAGAGGAAGUCCAUGAAUAUAAAUUAACAUAGUUACAAAAUAAAGAGAACUCGUUAAAAUUCGGUACAUAAAUUUGACAUCUAUAUUGUCAAAUUUUGAGACAAAUCAAUUGGUUGACUGUUUCUUGGUCUGUACUUUCAGAAACAUGUGAACACAAUAGUUUAAAAACAAUGAGACAAAUCAGUCUUCUAGUACGGAUUAUACGAAUUAAGUUAUCAAAAUUUUAAAUCGGUAAUUGAAUAUUUCAUUUUAUUUAGAUGCAUUUACAACACAUAUUGCUUUAGAUUUCAAAAUUGGUUAAAAUUAUAUGGAAUUGAUUAUUUUUUCACUAUCAAUAUUUGUAUGCAGAAAAUCCUUAAAUAACCAAAACUAUUUGAAAUUUUUUCUGUGCUUUUUGAAUAUUAACUAAUUGCUAAAAAUUGUUUUGUUAAUUUAUAAUGCACUUCCGAAUUAUUUUACAUUGUUUUUUUAUUGCCGAAUAAAAAAUUUUAAAUGUAUUAUUGAUGAUGGACAUGCAUGUUAUUUUCAAUUUUUUAACAUUUGAAAGUUAAAAAAAAAAUUAUUUUAUUUAUGCAUUUAUCAAAGUUGAUAAUGCACUCUCUUUGGUUGCAGGAUUUGUUUUCAGUUCAAUAAAUUUUCAAGUGGAUGCUGGUUAAUGAAGCUGCAUUUUAUAUGAAUUGUCACAUUAUUUGGUUGGUUAGAUUGAUAGAGUGACUUGCCUCUUUAUUGUGAUAUUGUUCCAGUGAUAUUUUUGUUAUAUCUAUUUGUUAAUUGUUGUAAUUUCUUUUAUAUCAAGGUAAUUGAAUUGUAUUAUUAAAUGAAUACUUUGGCUUCUUAUUUUAGCAUUGAGAAUACUAUGAGAAUUCAUUUUUUUAAAUAUGCGACUGCUUAGGAUUUUCUGAUAGAAUGGAAUUGAUGUCGAUAAUUAAACAUACAUAUGACAUUCCUAACUGUCAUUUUUUAAUGUCAAUAAGUUGAAGGCUUCUAAUUUUAAUUUUGUUUCCUUAUUAUUGAUUUUAUAGCCUUUUUAUGAAAUAUAUUACAAAAAAACUUUUUAUUCCUAACUUGUUAAUUUUAACUUGACAUUUAGACUGCAGCAACCCCAAAGAAAGGUCUCUAUUUCGGGACCUUUCCACAUUUAAGACUUGCUUUUAUUAAAGAUCUGCUGAUAUGCGAGUUGGCAUAUAUUAAAUCUGAUGUCUUAAACCAAAUGUUCUUUUCUUGUGGCGCAGAAAUUGGGAGAGGUGGUUGCCAGUGCAAGUGUCUUACUCAUUAUUUCUCAGGGGUUCAAAAUUAAAUUCAAAUUCCUAAACAGCUCUUGUUUUACUUUCAAAUACAUGUUAAAAUAAUUAACUUUAAUUUGAUGUAUUUACAAAAACAAAUUUUUGUAAUUUUUCAUUGGUUUCCUAAUAUGUUAAUGUGAAUUUUAUAUAUUUUCUCAGUAACACUGCUUUAUUUUAAUUGAAAAUUAAACUCUUAAUAUAUUAAUCAUUACUUAAAUUAAAUUUUCCUUACCUGGCACAUGCCACCAAGAAAUAGAAGGCUAUGAAGUAAAUUAGAGAAGCAGUAGACUUUAAGAUGAAUAUUAAAGAAUACUGCUAUUUAGUAUACUGAUAAGAAUCUAUUUUUAGAAGCCUUUAACUCAAUUUAUUAUUCGUGCCCUUAUCUCGGUGAAUUAACCAUUUUAUGAGUUAUUGUUAUCACUUUAUCAAAAGAUAAAUUGCCUAUUAUAUUUAUUGUAUGUAGCUCUUCCUGAUGUUGUGCAAUAUUUAUCAACUGCAUAAUGCAAGUUUAUGCAUGUUCUAAUCUUUAGCUGGUGAUUUUUUUUUUAAAUUAAAUGUUCUGAUAAAAAUUAUGUUUUAUUGUAAUAUUUUAUAAUAAAUAUUUAUUAUUGA